AUGCCGGCACGGGGAGCUCACUUCCUAACUCCUGUUCUAGCCGAGUUCCGCACAAAAAGGGGAAGGAAUCUGAGGAGGGGACACAGCAACGGAGCAAAGACCAACGGCCAGCUGCAGAACCAGCCUCAGAAGCACUAUGUAGUUCCUUCUCCAAUUCGCCGUCCUAAGAACAUAAGCUUAAUUCAAACUCAGAAACUGGCUGAAACCAUUAAUCCAUUUGGAGUGUUUGAAGACAAGAAAGAACUUAAUCAUGGGCUCGUUGUUCUUAGGAAACUGAGUAACUUAGUGCAUGAGUGGGUUUCUGAAGUUGCUGAAAGCAAGAAACUUCCUGCGGCAGCAGCAAACAUCUGUGGCAGAAUCUUCACCUUUGGCUCAUACAGGCUGGGCGUGCACACCAGAGGUGCAGACACACUCUGUGUUGCUCCUCGACACGUCGAGAGGUCAGACCUUUCACUCUUUGAAAGACUGAAACAUCAGGAAGAAAUAAAGAAUUUAAGAGCUGUUGAAGGUGCCUAUGUACGGGCUGCCAAGUUUGAAUUUGAUGGCACCAAAAUCGAUUUAGUCUUCGCAAGACUGCCUAUGCAAACUGUUCCUGACACACUAGAUCGAGAGGACUCCUGCCUCAGAAGCCUGGAUACAAGUUGUGUACGGAGCUUAAAUGGUUGCAGGUACCAAGGCCUACAUCUGGUGCCAAAAGAGAACUUCCAGCUCACUCUGUGUGCAAUCAAGCUGUGGGCAAAACAACGUGGGAUCUACUCCAGCACGCUGGGCUGUCUGGGAGGGGUCUCCUGGGCAAUGCUACUGGCAGGAGCGUGUCAGCUCUGUUCCAGUGUUCAGUGCUUUGGCUUCUACUUCUUAAUAAUUGUCAUGUG